AUGUCACAUGAUGAUAUAAAAGCAUCUGAAGACCAUACUGGACUUAAAAUAGAACUGAAGGAUAUAUUGGACAAUUUAUGUGAUGUGUUACAUUUAAAAAAGGAAGAUUUUGAGAAUAUCUUUGUGCAUACUUUAUUAUGGCUUGAUAAUAAAUUAAUUCAAUUAACGAAACAAAGAUAUUCAACACCAUCACCAGCAUCAUCACCUCUGUCAGAAACAUCUGAUACACCUGAAGUUAAACAAGUUAAAAACAAUAUUUUUGCUAUAUUAGAUAAUUUAUAUUAA